GUGUAAUCCAGACCCAAAGAAAGUAUGGAGCCUUUGCUCAAGUCACCGAUGAAACUCAUACUUUUUACAGCAUGGCUCUGGAGUCUGACGGACACGGGCCACCUCUCUGAUAUUUGUGAUAUCUGUCACCAAAACGCAACGUGUAAAGCCCUGAAUGGAUCAAACUACGGCUGCUUUUGUAACCUCGGAUAUACAGGCGAUGGAGCACAUUUCUGCAAUGAUGACGACGAGUGCCAGAACGUGACUAAUAUCUGCGGCAACAGGGGCCAGUGUACAAACACAGUGGGCAGCUACUACUGCACAUGCGUCUCUGGAUACACAUCGACAGGACUAACCGAGUUCCAGCCCAACGACGGCACCGAAUGCACCGAUAUUGAUGAAUGCAAGUCAGGACCUGUUUGUGGACACAACUCCCUCUGCCAUAAUACAAAUGGAUCCUUCUAUUGCACCUGUCAGCGUGAUUACAUCUCAACUUCAGGCUCAAAGCACUUUCAUCCAGAGAGAGGUGCAAGAUGUAAAGAGCACCCCCAAAAAUAUUGCCAUGACAACGAUGAAUGCAGGACGCAGGCUGUCAACAGAACACUUGAAAAUAUGAGCAACCUCACGGAGCCGCAGAGUCUGCUGACAGAAGUCGUCAAGCAAACGUCUGGUGAACUCACCUCGGUGGAAGUGAUGGCAUAUGUUGAGGCCUUGAGUCGAUCCGCAUCAACACUGGCUGCUGCAGAGAAGGAUUACUCUGUCAAACCAUCUGCCAUCAACUCGACUCUUUCAAAAUUAGUGCAAGCCGUGAACAAUCUGGUGGAGAAAGAUGAGCUGGUGGCCUGGAGCCGGAUGAAAGAAGAGCGCCGAGAGCACACCGCCACCAAGCUGCUGCACGUUGUUGAGGAAAGUGCUCUGUCUUUGGGCAGCAACUUCAAAACUCCAGCUGAGAUCAACAUUAAAGCCACUGAGAUGGAGUUAAAACUCAUCACCUUGGAUGUCCAUCGUGUGAAAACCCAAGUGUCUGUUUCCAUGGGAGGAGAGCGCAUAAAUCUAACUCCAAAACUGACUUCAGAGAAGGGCCGAGGAAGUGUGUCAGUGGUGUUUGUGCGAUAUGACAGCAUCAGUGACAUCCUGAAGCCGAGCAGCGACCCAGGUGUCACCGACUACUCGCGGUAUGCGGGAACAGGGGAAAUCACUGUCAACUCCCAAGUCAUAGCCGCAGCCAUCAAACCUGCUGACAUUUACCAGCUUGACCAUGUCACCUUCACUCUGAGGCACACAGAGCCCAUCGACGUGAAAGCUGAUGUGACAAAGUGCGCCUUCUGGGAGUACGAGGUGGACACCCUCCAGGGUCGCUGGUCCACUCACGGCUGCAAGACGGUUCUCGUCAGCAGCAACGCAACCAGCUGCUCCUGCAACCACCUCACACACUUCGCCAUCCUCAUGUCGUCCGGGAGAGCCAAUCUGGUGGCCCACAAUGUGAUCCUGACCCGGAUCACCCAGUUGGGGAUGAUCAUCUCCCUCAUCUGUUUGUCCAUGUGCAUCUUCACCUUCUGGUUCUUCAGUGAGAUCCAGAGCACCAGAACCACCAUACACAAGAACCUGUGCUGCAGCCUCUUCAUGGCUGAGUUCAUCUUCCUCGUGGGGAUCAACAUGAACACACACAAGCUUUUCUGCUCUGUGAUCGCAGGGAUGCUGCACUAUUUCUUCCUCGCAGCCUUCGCCUGGAUGUGCAUCGAGGGCAUCCAUCUGUACCUAAUAGUGGUUGGCGUCAUCUACAACAAAGGCUUUCUGCAUCGCAACUUUUACAUCUUUGGCUACGGAAGCCCGGCGGUGGUGGUGGCAAUCUCAGCAACACUGGGCUCAAAGUACUACGGUACUGACAAAGUGUGCUGGCUGAGCACAGAAAAUCACUUCGUCUGGAGCUUCAUUGGACCUGCAUGCUUGAUUAUUCUGGUGAAUCUGUUGGCCUUUGGGGUAAUCAUGUUUAAGGUGUAUCGGCACACUGCUGUGAAAAAACCUGAAGUCAGCCACUAUGAAAACAUCCGGUCGUGCGCUCGCGGUGCCAUGGCUUUGCUGUUCGUGCUUGGCGCCACCUGGACCUUUGGAGUGCUGCACAUUCUCCACGAGACGACCCUGACGGCGUAUCUGUUCACCAUCACCAACGCCUUCCAAGGAAUGUUCAUAUUCAUCUUCCUCUGUGUGCUGUCCAGAAAGAUUCAGGAAGAGUACUACAGGCUUUUCAAAAAUAUACCAUGUUGUUUUGAAUGCCUCAGAUGAAAGUAAAG